AUGCAUGGCCAUCGCUCGAAGCGUGUGAGGAGCGACGCCGAGACCAACUCACAUGCCCUCCAGGCCUGGGUCCGCCUGAUCCUUCGGGCCAUGAUGAUCAUGUGUCAUGCAGAUCAACAUCGUGUCCAACACCAUCUCUGCAUUCCUGGCUCUCGUGGCGUUCUAGCCCGCCAGAUCGUGGAGAUGGGCGAGCUGCUCAAGACGAUGCAACUCGUCUCCAACUCCUACGGAGUGGUCGCGGGUGAGUUCAAUUCGAGCCCCCGAGCAGAGGGGAACGUGAUCCAGCAGGAUGGCACCAACAACUCCAAGAUCAAUGCCUACGACACCACUCGGGAGACCAUCCCGUCAACAGAUCGACGGCGGGCCAACAUGUGGGAGAUUCCGAAGGACCUGGACAUCAACAACGAGGCACCGAGGAAGUCCUGGAAGUCCUUGUUGUCCUGUUCCACCUUCUCCUUGUUCAUGGAGUUCCAUGAUGAGGCUUCUUGUUUGGCUGCUCGAGAUUGUUGGAGCUUGAUCCCCGCUUCGGUGGGCUCGUCGCGGAGAAGCUUGCCGCAAUCCUUGCAAUUUCACUUUGCUCUGAAGUCCGUUGGAACCUUCCUUGGUGGUUCUCUUGUGAGGACAUAG